AUGCCGCACGCCGCGGCCGCGACGCCCGCGGCGCGCCCGGCGUCGCGAUGCGGCGCGCCCGCCGCCUCGACGCGGCGCGCCCUCUUCGCGCGCGCCGCCGCCGCGAGGACCAGAACGAGCGCGAGAACGCGCGAAGAAGACGCGCCGACGACGACGACGCGCGACGAAGCAUCCGAAGCAUCUUCAGCAUCGGACGCGCCGCGACAGAUGUGCUAUCGUUGCCGCCGCGUCCAGCGCCUGUGCGUGUGCGGGCUCGUGCGCGACGUCGUCGGCGACGCGCCGUUGCGCACGAGCCUCGCGAUCACGAUCCUUCAGGACAGGCGCGAGGCGAUCAGGCGCCCGUUCGGGAGCGCGGUCGUCGCGGAGCUCGCGCUGGAGAACUGCGAGACGAUCUGGCACGACAUGAGCGCCCCCGAGGACGUGCCGCGGCCGCCGCGGCUCCCGAGCGAGGGCGUCGGCGUGCUGUACCCGGCGGUCGGCGCGACGCCUUUGAGACGCGCGGCGGCGGCGGCGGCGGCGGCGGCGGCGGUGGCGGCGGAAGAUGGAGGAACGUCGAUCGACGCGGCGGCGGCGACCGCGACGGCGGCGGCGGCGGAGGCUGGACUCCCAACGCACCUCGUCGUGCUCGACACGACGUGGCACAAAGCCCGGCGAAUGUACGAGCGCAUCCCGUGGAUGCGCGACAUUCCCGCGUACGUCAUAGGCGACGUCGCGCCGUCGCAGAGAGUCGGGGGCGGGCACCGGAAGAACAAGGCGGUGAAGAGGAGAGAGGCUUGGGCGGCGAAGGCGAAGGGACCAGGAGAGUGCGGCGGAGAGGAGGCGACGCGCGGCGAGGGCGAGGUCCCCGACGGCGGAGGCUCGUCCGACGGUAGUGUCGUCCGACAAAGUCGUCGUCCGACACCGUCGUCGUCCGGCGAACCUCGAAGAGAGAGCGGGUACAGGAUACGGAAGCAGCCGAUGCCCGGGUUUAUGUCCACCGCGGAGUGCGUCGCCGCGGCGUUGAGGGAGGCGGCGCCCGCGGUGGCGGCGGCGGCGGCGGGCGGCGGCACAGCCGGCGGCGGCGGCGGAGGGGCGGUCUCCGGCGACGUCCUCGCGGCCGCCGCGGUGGAGGCGUGCUUCGACGCGAUGAUAGACGAGCAACUCGAAGAGCAGAGCAGGAAGAACGUGCGGUUCAGGUCUAGGAAGAAAGAGCGCGCGGCGAGAGCCGCCGUCGCCGCCGCCGCGGCGGUGUCGUAG